GCCGUCCUUUGCGCAAUCGCCAAAUCAUGUUAUAAUAUCUGCAGGUUUAAUGAGGGGUUCGGGAUGGUGACGUCAGCCCUGGGAGAGGAGCCGCGGCACGAGCGGGGGAGGUCGGGAGGUGACCAUCAGCGCGAAAGCACAACUCGCAAGCUCGUGAGCUCCAGCGGUCUGAUCGGCGUCCACGUCAUCGAUCCGUGACGAGUUCGUCCUUCGGACGGUCGAGAUCGUCGCUGGAGUCGGAGCUGGUUGUCUCCGGAACCCCUCUCUCUCUCUCUCUCUCUCUCUCCGUCUUCGUCCCACGAGUAGGAAGGAGGAGACAUGAAGGGAGCUGCGGCGGCGGCGGCGGAGGAGGAGAAGAGGGAGAUGGAGGUGGGGAAGAAGAGGAAGGAGGAGGAGAUCAAAGCCGUCAACGGCAAGGCCGAGGUGUAUGAAGUCGACGACGACGAUGACGAAGAGGAGGAGAACGAGGAUUCGGAUGAGAUCGUGGAGCUGAAGGAUGACGACGAAGAUGGCGGCGAUGACGAUGAUGAGGAAGAUGGUGGUGACGAUGAUGAGGGAGACAACGACGACGACGACGACGACGUGGAGGAGGUCACUCCGCAGGAGUAUCACCGCCAAGUGCAGGCGGCAGCGGACGAUGACGUUGAGGAAGAGGAAGAAGAAGGCGGGGACGGCGGUGAUGGAGACGACGACGACGACGACGACGAUGACGACGACGACGACGAAGAUGCGGAGGAAGAAGAGGAAGAACUAGGAACCGAAUACCUUGCACAACCAGUAGUUCGUGCAGAGGGCCAAGAAGAUGCAAGCGACUUCGAAGCUGGCGAAGAAACCGACGACGACAUCGGAGACGCAGAUGGCACUCGGGGUAAUGGCGGGGGCCAUUCGACGAGGGACGAGAUGUCGUCGAAGCGGAAGAGAACAGCUAAAGAUGAUUCGGAUGACGACGACGACGACGACGACGACGACGACGACGGCGAUGACGAUGAUGAGAGGCCACCUAAGCGAUAGUGCCUGGUGAUCAUCUUGCCUCCCCAGUUCGACUGUUGCUUGUUAAUGGACCGGAGACUGAGAUGGCCAGGUUGGGGAUAAGAUCUAAGCCACGAUGAAUCCGGUUGCUGUGUUUGAAAAUUGCAUUAGGACUUGUAAGGAACUUUAAUGUGAAGGUAAUGGGUGACUGUUCCUCCACAAAAACCACAUCUCCCAUGCAUGGUUUCUUUGGAUCUGUAGUGUAAUCAGAUGGUUUCUUGGAAUUUGGUUUGAUACAUCACUAUGAAGUGUAAGGUGUUUAAUGUUCA